UGUAUUUCAGCCCUUCUUCCUUGAGCUCUCAUUGCCCUACUCUAUUAUCCGGGGAGAGUUUUUUGAGCUGAAGGCCACUGUCUUUAAUUAUCUUUCCAAAUGCAUUAUGGUUAAAGUGACUCCGGCCCCUUCCUCUGACUACACUCUGAAACCCUCUUCUGAUGGCGUGUAUUCAUCCUGCCUGUGUGAAAAUGGCAGAAAGACCUUCAAAUGGACUCUGAUUCCUACUGUGCUUGGUGUCUUGAAUGUGACAGUGAGUGCAGAGGCAGAACAAUCCCAGACUGUGUGUGACAAUGAGAUUGUGAGUGUUCCAGAGAGGGGCCGCGUUGACACAGUUACACAAAGUCUGAUUGUACAGGCUGAAGGGACUGAACAGAUGAAGAGCUGGAGCUGGUUAUUAUGUCCACAGGGUAACAGUCUUUGGGAGGACUUGAAGCUAAUUCUUCCAGAGAAUGUAGUAGAAGGAUCAGCACGAGCUUCUGUUUCAGUACUUGGAGACAUACUUGGCUGUGCAUUAAAAAAUCUUGAUGGACUACUAGAGAUGCCACAUGGCUGUGGAGAACAAAACAGUGCACUCCUCGCCCCUAAUAUCUACAUACUUCAGUAUUUAGAGAACACCAAGCAGCUCACAACAGCUAUACAUGAGAAGGCUACUGAUUUUCUUAAAAAAGGAUACCAAAGGCAACUAAAUUAUAAACAUCGAAAUGGUGCAUAUAGCACAUUUGGCAGUGGAGUGGAGAACACAUGGUUAACUGCUUUUUUUUUGAGGAUCUUCGGUAAAGCACAACGUUACAUCUUUAUUGAUCCAGAAAUCCUUAACAGUGCAAAGCAAUGGCUUAUAGGUAUGCAGAGUUCAGAUGGCUGUUUUAUGCUUCAGGGAAGUCUGUUCAAUAACAGGAUGAAGGGUGGUGUAAAUGAUGAUGUGACCAUUACUGCCUACAUCACUUUAUCAUUACUUGAAUUGGGCAUUACAGUGCAGGAUCCUGUUGUAAAUAAAGGGUUGUUGUGCUUAAAAUCUUCUAUUGGUUACGUGAAAAACACCUACACCACUGCAUUGUUGGCCUACACCUUCAGCCUGGCUCGAGAGAACGAAGUUCGAGAGCAGUUACUAAAGGAGUUGGAUAAUCUUGCCAUUCGAGCAGAUGCUCGCCUGCACUGGUCUCAGUCAGCAUCAGAUGACUUUGCCGUCUUGUCAGUGGAAAUCAGUUCCUACGUGCUGCUGGCUGUUCUUACUGCAGGUCAACUCACUGCUGCUGAUUUGGGCUAUGCUAACAGGAUAGUAAGUUGGCUGGUGCAGCAACAAAAUCCUUAUGGAGGUUUUUCCUCCACCCAGGACACAGUUGUGGCUCUCCAGGCUCUGGCUCUGUACUCCACUAAAGUAUUCGGUUCAGAUGGCUCUAGUACAGUAACUAUAAAGUCAGUGGGUGGAGACAAUCACACCUUUAAUGUAAACCAGAAUAAUAGGUUACUGUACCAAGAAAGAUCAUUGCAGGAUAUUCCUGGCAAAUACAGCAUUGAGGUGAAGGGCUCCACCUGUGUGUCAGUGCAGGCAGCACUUUUCUACAAUAUCCCGACACCAUCUGAAACCAGUUUUUUGAGCAUCAAGGCUACGACAUGCAGGAAAUCAUUAAGAGAACCUCUGUUCCUGAAGUUCACUAUCACAUAUUCUGGACCAUUUAAAAGUACUAACAUGAUCAUAGUGGACAUCAAGCUUUUAUCAGGGUUCACAGCAGAUCCUAAUGAACUAAAAAAAGCCACAUUCGUGAAAAGAGUUGACUCCAAAAAUGACCAUGUUAUCAUGUAUAUCGAAGUGCUCCAAAGGAAUGUUCCUAUCAGCUAUGAGUGUCACAUUAAACAGGUCCUUCAUGUUAAGAAUUUGAGGCCAGCUGUGAUAAAAGUUUAUGAUUACUACCAAACAAGUGACCAGUCUGAGACGGAGUACACCUCCCCAUUUGGAUUUCACAUUUGCAGUGGACAUGCAGGAAUCUCUUUGUCUAUUUGCUAUCGCCUGUUUGAGCUGUUAAAUGAUGCAUCGUCUUUACAUCUAUACGACGUCUAUAUGACGUAUCUUUAUCAUCCGAAAUUUGCUGGUAUGUGGACGGGAAGCUGCAGCAUCAGCUAUGACUUCGCAAACAUCGCGAGAAUAUAUCGCGAGAAGAGAACACAGUUUGUUGACAAGACAAACGUUUGGCGGGCGUGUGGAAAAGCAGUUUGUGACUGAAAAGUGUCCUGUCUGCAUCUGGCUUUAAAAGUUUCCUGACCAACCGUAUCUAUCGGUCAUAUUUAAAAGUCAUAACGUACUGUUAAAGUACAAAACGUUUGUGUUGGUGUAUUUUUUUUUUCUAUGAAUAAUACUUAUUUGUGGUGUUUUAUGUUUUGUACAUCUUUUCAAAUUGAGACCUAAUUUGUAAGUUGCUGCUGGUGUAAAUAUAAAAUAAAAAUCUCCGUUUUAUCCCGUUUGUCUUAUGCUUCCUUCCUUCACAGAAUUCUGUUGACCAUGGUUAAUUAUAAUUAUGUAAAAUAAUGCGAGGGGGUGUUUUAAUAAAACGACGUCUAUCCGACAUGAAUCAGACAUUUGGCAGAUGUUUGAACAUCUGAUUAACAUCGUCUAAAGAGCGGAUCAGGGGCAUUUUAAUUCAUUUAUGUCUUAAAUACGUAGGCUAGGCGUCGUUCUAACAUCGGGCACGGACG